AUGAAGAACAAGAUUUCGAGCCAUAUGAAGAGGAAGAACAAUAUGGCUGUAAUUCACAGGGAAGCAGAAGAGAAGAGGGCACUGAUUGAAGCAAAUCGAGGCCAAGAUUUUCUAAAGGGAAGCAGAUCUUCGUUCUCUCUCUUUUUCUCUCUGUUUUUGUGUUUUGGACCUCCCUUCUCUUAUGUUGAAGAUGUGAAGGGUCGUAUGAAAGUGCAGGAGAGAGGAGAGAGCGUGGGGUUUUUAACUAAUGGAGUAUAUCCAGACCGGUCAGCUCUACCAACAAUCGGUGGAGGGGAAGGGGUGGGAAUUAUACAUUCUGUUGGCUCUGCUGUUAAGUCUCUUUCCCCUGGAGAUUUUGUUGUCCGUUUCCCUUAUAUUCAAGGGUCAUGGCAAACCUACAUUGUACAAGAAGAAAGUAUGUGGCACAAAAUUGAUAAAAGCACCCCAAUAGAAUAUGCUGCCACUAUUUCUGUUAAUCCAGUGAGCGCCUUGAGAAUGCUCGAUGAGUUUGUUACUUUAAAACCAGGAGACUCGAUUGUGCAAAAUGGAGCCACAAGCAUUGCGGGGCAAUGUAUUAUUCAGCUAGCUCGUCUUCGUGGAAUUCAUAGCAUUAAUAUCAUAAGAGAUAAGCCUGGAUCUGAUGAAGUUAAAGAAAGAUUAAUGAAACUUGGUGCUGAUAUUGUGUUUACUGAGAAAGAGUUGGAUGUCAAACGUGUCAAAAAUCUCCUGGGUGAUUUAUCUGAACCUAUUUUGGGUUUGAACUGUGUUGGUGGCAAUGCUGCUACUUUAGUCGUCAAAUUCUUGAAGCAAGGUGGUACUAUGGUUACAUAUGGAGGGAUGUCGAAAGAACCUGUUACUGUAUCUACUUCAUAUUUCAUAUUCAAGGAUAUUACGUUGAAAGGAUUUUGGCUACAAGAAUGGAAAUUAGAUCAAGCUAAAUAUAGGGAUUGGAUCGAUUAUCUCUUGGCCCUAGCUCGUGUUGGAAAACUGAAAUAUGAGAUGGAAAUGGUACCUUUUAAUGAUUUUCAUAUAGCUCUUGGAAAAGCAAUGGGAAAACAAGGAAGUCGAGGGAAACAAAGUGGAAACUUUUGUGUUAGUCCCUUGCGAAGAUUGCUGAUAACCGCUUCUGCGGUUACUCCUCCGCUUAUGAGGAAACCACUUAAGCCACUGGGGUCGCACCUGCGCUCCAGGUCUCGCACUUGCAGAGUCGCUUCUGCGGCCCUUUGUCCGCUUCUGCAGAAAUGCCCAAACAUUCCCUCUUCGCAUCUGCAUGCCAUUAUCGCAUCUGCGGGCUCGCAGAUGCGCAUCCUUUCUCGCACCUGCGCCCCUGCCCUUCUUGGCCUUGCCCGCUUUUGCGGCCUUCCUCUUCGCUAA